GGCGGCAAUACCGAAGCGCCAUUCGACUUGCUACACCGUUGCCUUGCGAACGUUUUUGCACCGCUUGUUGCACUGGGCACGGCCUCAGAGUCAUCUUCCGGGAAUGAAGAUGUUGGAGGUGCCCUCACAGGCAGAGGAGGUGCCUCUUCAGGCAGACAUAUUGCGGGUAAUGGAGAUCCGAAUAACGCGGCAGCAUCACAACUCGUGCAGAAGAAGAUAGCUGAACUCUCGAUGGCCUUGCAGCAGUGCGGUCAAAGCUUUAGGAUACCCGAAGUUAUGCUGAAAAUUGACCCGACUGUGCGACACCUCUUUGAUAGAGCGAGGCAUCAGCAACAGCCGCCUCCGCAGCCUGAAAGGCAUGCGGAAGCACUAUUAGAACCACAAAUUGUGAACACACUGCAUAGCGGAGCGAAUCAAUGGGUGCGGGAGAUUCAGAAGGUACUAGUCGUGACGCUUCAGGAAGUGCUCACGGUCUCGUGUGGCGACGAGAGACUCGAGAAGUAGACAGCAAACUGUGACUUUAAUGUUUUUGAGGUUGUAUGGCUCCUAUCUAGUUGUGGGGAUCUUCACUCAUUACUCUGUCUGGCCUACCCGGUGAGCUGUGUCAGAUGAAGUGGAAGCCACAAUCACACCAGUCACAGUCUCUAUAUCUACGACCUUCAAUGAAAUAAAAAUGCUUUACUUUUAGGUAACGAAGUAUCUGCAGCACGGCGGUUCGAGCAUUCGGGGAAGCGCCGCGAGCGAGGUCAGCUUUUGGAUUAACGUCGAGAAAGCGCUUGCUCACCUGCGCGCGCAGUUACAGCAGCCUGAGGUCGAGUUUACUUUAGCAAUCCUUCGCUUAGGAAAGCGGUUUCUAACCUCGGUGAGUUUCGAGGCUGACACGGGCCUCAAGUCUGCCAUCGAUGCGGUCGCAAGUUACAUGGUGCUGUUGCGCGACUUCCCGGUACAGGAGAUCGUGGCGGCGAGCAGUUUUACAGGGCUGCAGCAAGCAGUGCGCACCGUUUUCGGGCACAUGCGCAAGUUGAAAGCAGCAACGGCGUAUCCACUCGCACGCGCGUUUCAGUUGGCGGAAGCGGUGUCGCGAGACUUGCGUACGCAGAUCCUCCAGAUCUUCCGUACCAGAAGCAAGUUGUUGCUCGCUGAGGACUACAAUGCUUUCGAAGAGGGCACGCGGGAAGCGGAGAAGCUCUUUCGCGUAUGGGAUGAAGAGCUGCGGUCUUUCAAAGAGCUCGUGCGCGACCAAGUGAAGCGUCGUGGCGCCAGCGCAGAGCGACCGCCGCACCGCAUAGUGUGCGAACAUCAGCAACUGCAGGACCGCAUCGACGACCUGCGCCAGUUCCGACGCCAACACCGAAAGACGCAAGAGGUGAUGGCAAAAAUCUUUGCACAGGAACGGCGGACCGACCUCGAAGACGCCUAUGCAGCGUUGAUCUUGGAAUUAGAGGGUGGUGGAGACUCUUCGGCCGAUUUCCAGGACGCAACGCUCCAGCCUGUCUUGGAUACUUCAGUCGCGGGCAAUGCUCGAUGGGAAGCAGCAAAGCGGAAAUACAACGAGAAGAUCGACAGAUUGGAGAGCGUGCUGAUCCAGAAAUUGAGACGGGAAUUAGGAGAUGCGAGGAACGCAGACGACAUGUUUGCAAGUUUCCAGAAGUACAACGUGCUGUUCUUCCGACCACGCAUACGCGGCGCAAUCCAAGAAUACCAGAGUACACUCCUGGAAAACAUCCGUUUAGAGGUCAAGAAGCUCCAGGACAAGUUCAAGCAUGACACUUUCUUUGGUGAUAAUCUUAUGAUAUCAGAUAAACAUGAUGAUGACAUUCAUCUUCAUGAUCAUCAGAUCAUGGACAUGUUGAUAUUCAGCAUUAGUUGCACUCCUUGUCGCAACAAGAUAAAGUUGAUGAUGCGAGGAUUGAGCUGAGUACAUACUGGGAAUUUCUGUUGAUUGAAUGAAAAAAAAAGCAUCAUGAUUUUGUAGCAUGCAUGCAAAGGGUAAUCUAGAGAUGAUCGCACGUUUCUGACGUGGCUAGCAGUGUGAGAAGAUUAUAGAGUUUCUUUCAUAACGCGGGCUGGAGCAGGUUCUACGUCUGCCGCAGUUGGAUCGCACAAAGUAACACUGGCGCGGGACAUCCCUGGCAUUACAGGAGCAAUCCUGUGGGCGCGUCAGAUCGAGAACAAAUUGCGCCUGUGCCUGCGUCGAGUAGAAGACGUUCUAGGCCGUGGAUGGGAACAGCACGUCGACGGGGGACGCAUCAAGCAGAAUGUGGAAGCGUUUCUGCAAAAAUGCUCCGCUGCGGGUUUGUUCGAACGGUGGCUUCGCAGCUUAAAGGAAGACAGGCGGCCGUUCGAUGCGGCGAAAGAGCGACUGCUCAAUAUCGCAGUCCAGGGAAAACAGUACCAACUUCUGGUCAACACUGACCCAUUGAUCACGUUACUGUUCAAGGAGGUUCGCAACCUGCAGGCAUUAGGCCUGCGCGUGCCGUACUCGUUGAAAGUGCUAGCCGACGAAGCCAAGCUCUCAUACUACGGAACUGCUUGUGGCCUGGAAGAAGCGUGUCGCAGUUACAUGCGCACGGUCCAGCGCCCCGACUUCGAUUCCACCGUUGAACUUCUGCUCGCCGGACACCAUGCCUCAUUGCAACGACUGCUAGCCCAGGGACUGCAGCUGCGAUGGAUCCAUGAGCGGGUGGAGCCCUAUGCGCGAAAACUGUGUGAAGAGGUCCGCACUUUCGAAGAUCGCGUCGCUGAGGUGACAAUCUGUGCAGCGAGAAUGGAAUCUCUCAUCGCGAAACUAGACGACUUCGACUUCACUAGUCCAGCGGGUGAAGAUGGUAGUGUGCCGGGGAUAGCGGAAAAUAUGGGUGGUCGUGGCAUCGACAAGGGGCAACGUUCGAAAGAUGCGGGUGGAGAUGGUAUUGGUGAUACGUAAGUACUUAAAAAGACUUAGCGGUCCACAAGCACAACUCGAGAGGUAUCCGUGGAAACAUGAAUCACGUGUGGCAUAUGAAACAGUCACCCUAUUUCUUUGACAGACUGACCUAUUCAAUGUCUUCCGUUCAUGCAACAUCAUCGACAUCGAGCAGUAUGAGAACUAAGUUUGCGUUUGAAGUUUUAUAUAGUUUGCCAUCUUCAUUAUUGCACCUCCUACCCAUAGUGGCGGACCAUCUAUUUUCCCAAAAGGCGCGUCCGCAUCGCCACGCAAGGGGGAGCUUUUACCGCUGGAUCAAAGCAGCCCCACGGCAUACUUUCGUUCCAUCCUGCUCCAGAUGCAAGACCUCAUCGACGAUAUGAACUUGAAAAAUUUUUCGAAUCUCGAACACUGGGCUCACGAGAAGCUCCGCGCACGAAUUAAUGCCAAGCUGGCUGCAAGACUGCAAUAUAUCGUCAAAGAGUGGGUGAGACAGUUCCGACAGUGGCCCGUGGCUGGUACAACACUAAUCAGAGGCAACACGGUGCAAGAACUGACGAUGCAGAGCCAAGUUUUGACUUUGACACCUGCCAAGGAGAGCGCGCGGCAGUUUUGGAUGCGGCAACUGCAUGAAAGCCUCGGAAUUAUCUGCGGUCUGCCACAGUUGAUGGCAUCGCGGCUGGACGGAACCGGGCAGAACAUUGCUCGUCUGGACGCGAAUCCCACUGCGAUGCUGAACCGUAGGAAAGCCUCGACUUACCAGUUUCUUUUGCGUGAGUUGCCGCAACAAGCCUUGACCGACGCGUACGACGCGAUUGAAGCUGUUUUGGAUCAAGCACAUGAGUAUGCGGACUCCUGGCUUCAGUAUCAGGCACUCUACGACCUGUCGGUUGGAGACGUGUUUGAGCGGGCCGGGGACGACUUGGCCCGUUGGCAGCAGCUUCUUGCUGAGGCGAAGGCGUCGCGACAGCAGCUGGAGCGUGCAGCGACCAAAAGCGAGCAGGCGUUUGGUCCGAUGACGAUAGUGCAUGCCAAGGUAGCUACGAAAAUCCGUCAGCGGUACGACCUCUGGCGUCGCGACAUGCUAGGCGAGUUCGGAGAUCGCGUCUACGGACGAGUCUCGCAGCUGGUGCAAGAACUUCGCGGUCAGCGGACCAUUCUCGAGGAGCAAGCCACGCUGGACGGCACUAGCGUCGUUGCGGCAGUGAAAACGCUUACCGCGAUCCAGGGUUUGAAGCGGCGCAGAGAUGAGCUUGGCACCACCGUGUCGCAGUUGAUCGACUGUACACGAACGCUAAGUCGAUCCGGCUUUGCCUUUCCCGACGACUUUCCGAGUGAGGAACAGCAACAGUCAGAGUGGGAUUCUCUGCAGGUGGCUUUGGAUCGUAAGUCCGCUGCUCUAGAACGAGAAUUGCCGAAGCUGCGCAGCGGCAUCGAACGUCGCGUGCAGCGCGUGACUACCGACGUGCAGCAAGCCUACGCAGACUGGACGCACGACAAGCCGGUGCACGCGGUUGCGGCUGCAGUCGAUGCUAUGGAAGUGGUGACAAAGUAUGAGCAGACUUGCGCCUCUUUAGAAGCUGAGUGCAAGGACGUGGCAGAGGCGGCCGCGUCCAUCUUAAACCAGCCGUUGAACGUGCUAGAAAAAGCGCUGCGGCCUCUUCGCGAGGAGGUAGCAAGCCUCCGAGAGGUCUGGGGUCAACUGCAGGCCGUCGAACAGGAGAUCGCAAAACUGCGAGAGACGCCAUGGUCUGCGUUUAUGCCGAAGCGAGUGCGCGCAGCACUGGACGAGGACCUGUUGCAUGGUCGCAUGAGGGAGAUACCAGACCGCGUGCAACAAUACGACUCGUACACGUUGAUGACCAAAAAAAUCCAGAAGCUCAUCAAACUCAACAUUCUACUCGCUGAUCUCAAGACGGACGCCCUCAAGGACAGGCACUGGGACUCAAUCUUGGAUCGUACUGGGCUGAAAGCGAAAGAAAAAGUCUUCUCGGAUCUGACACUAGUUAUGCUUCACCCUAUUUCUUUCAGACAUUGAUGUUGUUCAUCCGAAUCAAGUUCUUCUCAAGGUGUACGUAGUACCGUAGAUAGUACCACAUACAGAGUAGGAGGACUACUUAGAAGUUGCUAUGCUGAAGAGCACGCUUCUUAUCUCCACCCAUCUUUCCAUUCUUUCAUUUUUUGCGACAUGUGGGACGUGGAGUGGACUGAGUGCGAAAAGGCCGUGCGUGAAGAACUGGCUUUAGCUGCGGGUGAGAUGGCAUUGCAGGUCUUUAUGUCGGAAGUGAAGACACUGUGGAACGCGUACGAGCUGGAGAUGGUUGCCUACAAGACUGGUCGCUGCAAGCUGAUCCGUGGUUGGGAUGCCCUGUUUGCGCAGCUAGACGAGCACUUGAACAGUUUAAGCAGCAUGCGCAUGUCGCCGUUUUACAAAGCUUUUGAAGAUCAAGCCGGAAGUUGGGAAGAUAGAUUACGGAAAGUACAAACAUUGCUAGACGUCUGGAUGGACGUGCAGCGAAAAUGGGUGUAUUUGGAAGGCAUUUUCUUCGGGAGCGCGGACAUUCAGACUUUGUUACAGAAAGAGUAUGCGCGAUUCAAGCAGAUUGACUCAGAUUUUCUGGGUUUGUGCAAAAAGGCUAGCACGAAGCCCAAGGUCUUGGAUGUGAUACAGAUAGAUAACCUCGACAAAUCACUCAGCCGCAUUCAAGAAGGCCUCCAAAAAGUACAAAAGGCGCUCGGGGACUACUUGGAGCAACAGCGAAUCCAGUUCGCGCGAUUCUACUUCCUCGGCGACGAGGACCUGUUGGAGAUCAUCGGGAACAGCCGCGACGUCACCGUGCUCGCGCAUCACCUGGGUAAGAUGUUUGCGGGCGUCGCUGCUUUCGGCACCCAGGGCACGGACGGCGACGAGGUCGUGCUGAUGCGGAGUCGGGAAGGCGAAGAAGUGCCGUUUGGCGAGUACCUGGUGCGAAUUAGCGAUGACCCAAGCAUUCACGGUUGGCUAUCGCGCGUAGAAAGCGCAAUGCAGAAAAGCUUAGCAGUUUCGCUUUCGAAAGCUUGGCCUGAGUUGAUGGCUUUGGAUAAUGCUUCCUCGGGUGCCAGUGGCGGAUCCGACUUUCUCGCUUGGGUGGAGAAGACGCCUUGCCAGUUGAUGCUAAUCGCCUCGCAGCUGUGCUGGACCAACAAAGUGGAACUCUUGCUCCAGCGCAAGCAGAACACAUCGUCCGUAGCGGACUCAUGCGUGGGCGUGUUAGAGAUGUUAGCACGAAAAGUUUUGGAUAGUGGCGUCUCCAGAAAUUUUCUGACUAAAAUGGCUCAACUCAUUACAGAGAUGGUGCAUCAGCGCGACGUCAGCAGAGAUCUAGCCGCUAAGCGCAUUACUAGUGCAGACAGCUUCGAUUGGCUCCAGCUCCUGCGCGUCUACUGGGCAGGAGGGAACCAAAAGACGAGUCCUGCUCUUCCUGCAGAAGGUAGUUCGUCUGGGUCCAGUGGCGCAUGUCGCAUCGAAAUGACCAACGCUGUCCUGCCAUACGGAUUCGAGUAUUUAGGCAUGGCUGAGAAAUUAUGUCAGACCCCGUUGACUGACAGAUGCUUUUUGACGCUGACGCAAGCACUGCACAUGAAGAUGGGUGGCGCUCCCUUCGGUCCGGCCGGAACAGGUAAGACGGAAUCUGUGAAGGCGCUGGGAGCACAGUUGGGCUACUUCGUGCUGGUAUUUUGUUGCGACGAGACGUUCGAUUUCCAGUCCAUGGGCCGGAUUUUCGUUGGGCUUUGUCAAGUCGGCGCUUGGGGAUGCUUCGACGAGUUCAACCGACUUGAAGAGCAAAUGCUUAGCGCCUGUUCUGAACAGAUCCUAACGAUUCAAGCCGGGCUGCGGCAGAAUUUGCCAACGAUCGAAAUCGUGGGUAAGCAGGUCCGCUUGAAUCCGGGUGUCGGCAUUUUCAUCACUAUGAAUCCGGGCUACGCCGGACGCAGCAACUUGCCAGACAACCUGAAGCAACUGUUUCGCGAAAUGGCGAUGAUUUCCCCCAACAAAGCCUUGAUUGCCGAAGUUCAGCUCUUCUCGCGAGGAUUCGCUACAGCUGAGCGGCUUGGCAGCAAAAUCGUGUCGUUGUUCGAUCUCUGUCUAGGCCAGCUUUCGCAACAGCCUCACUACGACUUCGGAUUGCGGUCAUUGCGCGCUGUGCUCACGACAGCUGGAAAUAUGAAGAAGGAGAUCUCUGCCUCUGACGAGCAGCCAUCUUCUUCUGCUGCCGCAUCGACGAAAGAGGCAUCAGCCGACGUCGCUCGUACCGAAGAGGACAUCUUAGUUCGCAGUAUCUGCAACACGCUGGUUCCGAAGCUCGUGGCCGAGGACAAGCUCCUACUGCGAUCUCUGCUAGCAGGCGUGUUCCCAGGCCAAGAUCUGAUCGCGGUGGACGAAGCGGAGCUUGAGCGAGAGAUCCGCCUCUUGUGUCGCCAGAUGCACUACCAAGUCGAAGAGGUGUUCGUGGAGAAGAUGAUGCAAGUGUACCAGAUCCAGCGCAUCACCCACGGCGUGAUGAUGGUGGGCGGUGUGGGCACCGGCAAGAGUGCCGCGUGGCGCACACUGUUCGCAGCAAUGGAAAGAAUUGAUGGUAUCAAGUCGGAAGCUGUGAUAAUCGAGCCGAAAGCCAUCUCCAAGGACGAACUUUAUGGUCGCUUGGACGCUACCACGCUGGAGUGGACCGACGGCGUCUUCACUGCCACACUGCGCCGCAUACUCGCAAAGAACUCGUCUAGCAACGCGAACAGUCGACGCUAUUGGAUCGUGUUUGACGGCGACGUAGAUCCAGAGUGGGCAGAAAACUUGAACUCGGUUUUGGAUGACAACAAGCUAUUGACGCUGCCAAAUGGUGAGCGGUUGUCGAUACCACCAAACGUGCGAAUUAUGUUUGAGGUAGAAACGCUGAAAUAUGCGACGCUAGCUACAGUUUCGCGCUGCGGUAUGGUCUGGUUCGCACACGAUGUAGUCACCCCUGAUAUGUUGUUGCGGCAUUGCCUUGACGUGCUCGAAUUCGGUCCGGGAACUUUGGAAAACAAAACUUCUGGCGGUCAACCUGGAAAGGGCAAGAAAUCCAUCGUGGGAGGUGAUAGUGAUUCACCGGCACCAGGCUCGCCGGGUGCGGACUCCGAACGCGCUUCGAUGGGUGCCGCAGAGGCUGCGGAACCAGCUGCACCCGCGGCUGCUUUGGCUCCUCCGGUGCAGGCCGAUCGCGCAGCGACACUUGUGCGGCAAGCGGUGGAACAGUACACGUCCCAGAUUUUGGAGUUGCUUCAGGUUGCAGCGAAGUAUACUCACGUGAUGACGUACACGGACAUCCGCGUCCUUACGAGCUUCUUCGGUCUGUUGCGCACUUGCGUCCAGGACUGCCGUGAUCAGGACCUUGGAGGCAGUGGCGAAAACCGCAAAAGCGGCGAACCACUGAGUGAUAGCGAUAUCUCCUGUUACGCCACUCAGGUCGUUCCCGGGGCCAUCUGCUGGGGCUUCGGUGGCAGCAUGGACCUCGCAACGCGGACUCGAUUCGCAGCAGACGUCGCGGAUCAUUGCUCAACCCUCGUUUCGCUUCCUCCUACGUCAUCCGAAGUGACAUUGCUCGACUACGAGGUGCGUCUGGAAACCGGGAAGUUUCAUCUAUGGACCGAGAAAGUACCAACGUUGGACUUGACACCGGAACAGAGUAUGGCAUCGGAUUUGGUCAUAGAAACGUUGGACACAUUACGAAAUCGCCAUGCUUUGGGCAGUUGGAUGAGCGAGAAGCGCCCCUUCAUCCUCUGUGGCCCACCGGGAAGCGGCAAAAGUAUGAUGCUGAUGAGCACGCUGAAAAUGGCGGGCGACUCCGUUGACCUGGUGUCGUUGAAUUUCUCUUCCGGCACAACGCCGAAGCUGUUGCAAGACUCCUUAGCGCAGUACUGCGAGACAGUGAAGACGCCACGUGGACUGGUGAUGCGUCCUUUGCGCCACGACCGCUGGGUUGUGGUCUUCUGCGACGAGUGCAACUUGCCAGCUGAGGACAAGUACGGCACACAGCGCGUGAUCCUGUACAUCCGUCAGAUGUUUGAGCAGGGUGGUUUUUACCGCUCAAGCGACCGCCAGUGGGUGUCGCUGGAGCGCGUCCAGUUUCUGGGUGCGUGUAACCCACCUACUGACGCAGGGCGAUUUCCCCUGAGCGAUAGAUUUCUCAGACACUGUCCGAUUUUGCUUGUAGACUACCCUGGCCGCGAAAGUUUGACUCAGAUUUACGGAAGUCUGAUGCAGGGUGUGUUCAAGCUGUGUCCGCCGUGCUCGCACCUCGCAAUGCCGAUUGCCACGUCAAUGGUCGACUUCUGGCUAGCUUCCGCAGCACACUUCACGACCGACAUGCAGCCGCACUACUUGUACUCGCCGCGCGAGUUGACCAGGUGGAAGAUCGCGAUCAUGGAGGCUAUUGUUGGAUCGCAGCAUUUAGCCAAUGGCGGCUUUACUCCACAGGAGAUGACGCGGCUCUUCGUACACGAAGGUUUGCGCAUCUUCUGCGAUCGCCUGGUCUAUCCGGAAGAGCGUCAGUGGACGAACGAGCAGAUCGACGACAUCGCGCGCAAUCGCCUUGGUGCUAGUGAUGCGACCUUGAAGCGACCGAUCUACUUCAGCGUGUGGGGCGGCGCUGACCCGCACUCGCCGACCUGUGGCGCGCACAAGGACGCAGCGCCCUACCGCGAGGUGCACGAGGAGGACUUGCGGGCGCUGGUGAAAGAGAAAAUUAAGAAUUCUUCGAUAAAGUAGAACUGGAAUUGGAAGUACUCCUUCUCCUGCAUAUUAAAUUACCUCAUCAUAGAUAGCAAGCCUGCUCCUGCAUGGAGAAUCAAUAGUAGACAGAGUAGUAAAGAAAAUGUAUGCGAUCAGGCCAACCGCGUAGAAGUAGUCCGCCCAGCGUAAUUUCCUCUUCUAAGAACCUUACCGCAUUCUCAGAGGAAGCCAUGAAUGUGCAGCUUGUCGUCUUUGAUGAUGUCUUGGAGCACGUGACGCGUAUCGAUCGCGUUCUGCGGCAGCCUCUAGGGCAUUUGUUGCUUGUAGGGGUCGCAGGUGCGGGCAAGACGACGCUCUCGAAGUUUGUCUCCUACAUGAAUGGCUUGGACAUCUUCCAGAUCAAAUGCGGUCGUGGGUACAACGUGUUGAAUUUCGAGGACGACCUACGAACGGUAAUGACGCGAGCGGGUGCGCAUGGGGAAAAGAUAACCUUCAUAUUCGACGAAAGCAAUGCACUUGGCCCAGCGUUUCUAGAGCGCAUGAACGCUUUGCUCGCAAGCGGCGAGGUGCCUGGCCUGUUUGAGGGCGAUUUUUACAAGGAUGUCAUCCAGGAGUGCAAGUCUGGCAUGCCCGAUGUGUCCCACAUGGUCGAUGACGCCGAGAUCUUCGCCAAAUUUACGAAAGCGGUGUGCCGCAACUUGCACAUUGUUUUCACCAUGAACCCGGCGAAUCCAGACUUCUACAACCGCAGUGCGAGUUCGCCAGCGCUAUUCAAUCGUUGUAUCAUCGACUGGUUCGGUGACUGGAGCCGUGACGCUCUGUGUCAGGUCGCAUUCGAGUUCACUGAGGACAUUGCGCAGUCUCUGACGGCCGAGUCCUUUACACGACUCGAGCACGAUCAGCAGGACGAUCAUCAGUGGCUCCACAUCGUAUUGGCGGAAAGCAUUGUUGGUCUACACGAAAUCAUCGAAAAGACGCACGAUGCCGCACGGCGCGAUGCCAAGAAGUACAACUACAUCGCGCCGCGGGACUUCCUCGACUUUAUUCACCACUUUGACACACUGCACACCAAAAAGGGAACGGAGAUUCAGGCCAGUAAAGCGCAUAUCAGCGGUGGGCUACAGAAACUGGAUGAGACCGCGAGGCAAGUGAAUAACCUGAAGUUGUGA